GCACAAUGGACCAGGUGUCCGAUGCCUGAACCCAGACUUAUUUCGGCUCAUGUGUGGCCAGAAGCCUGAGAUGACCUCCUUUUGAUCUGGAUAUUUUCCAGGAAGAGGAGUUGCAGAUGAAGCUUGAAAAUGUUGUGAGAUGCGGCACCAGUGAGGAGCUAGAGGACCUCAAAUGCACAUUGGGGGACUGGAUAGCUGACUGUGGUGUGCCAAACAUUUACACAGCCUCUGUCAGGGACCUGCCUACAAUUCACGGGCAAAUAGUUACUCAUUACUUAUACCACAGGGUGGCCAGUAUGGUCCAACAGUUCAUUGCCGGGAUGAAUUCAUGUGGCCAGAUGUGGGAGAUGGUGGCGAUGAACUGGAGAGAGUUCCUGCCACUGUUCACAAACACAACACAGAAACUCUCCAGGAAUGACAUCAGGAACCUCUUCACAAUAUCCUGGAGUCCACAGGGCAGCAACCACAGAGAACAGGAGGAGGAGACUGUCUUCCAGUGGGAGUGCUGGCUGAUGUCCAUUCAAGAAGAGGAGAUGGAUAUUUCCUUCGAGGAGUUGCUGGUGUUUGUGACAGGGGCUGAUUCUGUCCCCCCUCUUGGGUUUCCGCAGAAAUGCCAGCUUGACUUCUAUAAUCAGGAGGAUGGGAGCUGCCGCAUUCCUUAUUCAUCAACAUGUAGCCUUUGCCUCUUCCUUCCGAGAGGGGUUACAGAAGAAGAGGAGUUCAGAAGACUUAUGUUCCUUGCCCUGAAAGGGUCUCUUGGUUUUGGGAAGGUGUGAGG